ACUGAAAUCUCCCCAACCCUUGAACCCAGGAACAGACGCCGCUCCCAGAAAUUCCAACCCAAUCGAUUUACAUCUCACACACACAAAAAAAAAAAAAAAAUCGACUUUCACGUAAAAAAAACGAAAAUCUCCAAAAUCUCGAUCGUUUCGUGCGUUCGCCGUCGACCCGAUAACCCACUUACCCGACCCAGAUAAAUCCAUUUCUCCCGGUGGAAUCGGAAAGACUUCCUCAUGAGCUCAGUAUAAUGACCCGCACCGGAGCUCGCCGGAGCCCAAAAUCCGAUUCAGAAACACCCGACGGAGGAGCAACCGUCACCGCCGCCGGAGGCGGAGGAACCACCGCGAUGAGGGUCAUCGUGCCAUUACAAGGCGUGGUUCAGAAUCGCGGAGGUUUGUUCCUGGGCUCCGUGAUUCCAUGUGCUCUCUUCUACUUCCUCCAGCUUUACCUGAAAAGGAACCGGAGGAACGAAACCGACAGGGGUCCGAGCGACCAGAACUCUGGCUCCUCACCCGGGUCGGGUUCGCCGGGCCCGACCCGGUCGCAAUCCGCCGGCCAGCUCACGGAGCUCACUGGGUUGCCCCGGUCUCUCUCUCGGGCUCUUCUCUCGCCGAGGAAUUCGAGCGGACCCGUUUCGGUUUCGGGUCGGGCGAAUAGUGUCCUCAAGGGCGGGGAUUCUCCGUACUACGUGGGGAUGAAACGGGUUGAGGAGGACCCGUAUGACGAGUCGGGUAACCCAGAUGGCGUCAUCGAACUCGGUUUAGCUCAGAACAAGUUAUGCUCGGAUAUUCUUGAGGACUGGCUUUCGGAGAAUCCGAGGGAAGCAGUUUCAGGUGGAUUGAGUAUCAGUGGCAUCGCUUCUUAUUAUCCCUCUGAUGGACAGAUGGAGCUGAAAACGGCAGUGGCAGGGUUCAUGUCUGAAGCAACCAAGAACUCGGUUUCCUUCGAUCCAUCCCAGUUAGUAUUGACUUCUGGUUCAUCUUCCGCUAUCGAGAUUCUUUCGUUCUGCUUAGCUGAUCCUGGAAAUGCUUUCCUGGUUCCAACACCGUGUUCCCCCGGAUUCGAUAGGGAUGUGAAAUGGCGAACGGGUGUGGAGAUCAUACACGUUCCUUGCAGAAGUGCUGACAACUUCAACGUAUCCGUGAGUGCACUUGAUCGGACAUUCUAUCAGGCCAAGAAACGCGGUGUCAGAAUCCGUGGCAUCAUAAUAUCUAACCCGUUGAAUCCCGUGGGAAGUCACUUGAGCAGAGAGAACCUCUAUGCCCUCUUGGAUUUUGCCCGUGACAGAAACAUCCAUAUAAUCUCCAAUGAGGUCUUUGCAGGGUCGGUCCAUGGGAACAAAGAAGAAGGGUUUGUGAGCAUGGCUGAAAUCACCGAUACGGAAGAGAAUAUUGACCGGGAAAGAGUUCAUAUCGUGUAUGAUCUAUCAAAGGACUUAUCUUUUCCGGGUCUCAGAACAGGUGCCAUCUAUUCCUUCAAUGAGAAUGUUCUAGCAGCUUCAAGAAAACUCACAAGACUCUCGCCCGUAUCAUCCCCGACCCAGCAUUUGCUCAUAUCUGCACUUUCCAAUGCAAAGCUUGUUCAGACAUUCAUCAAAACCAACAGGGAGAGACUACACAAAAUCUACACAGAUCUUGUGAAGGGUUUGAAAGAUUUGGGGAUAAGCUGCACGAGAAGCAAUGGAGGAUUUGUGUGUUGGGCUGAUCUGAGAGGAUUCAUAUCUUCUUACACUGAGAAAGGGGAGAUUGAACUGUGGAGCAAGUUCUUGAACAUUGGCAAGAUCAAUGUAACCCCAGGAUCUUGUUGCCAUUGCAUCGAACCUGGAUGGUUCCGGUUUUGUUUCGGUAAUUUGUCUGAGAAUGAUGUGCCUCUGGUUAUGGACCGCCUUCGAAAAGUUUGUGAAACUUGUAAAUCUCAGGAUUGAAAUUGGUAUUUGAUUAUUUAUUUGUUCACUUCUGCAGAUUUUCCAGAUGAUUCACCAAGCUUUUCUCUA